UAUUUGUUGACAAGUGCCAACGCUAAAAUCCAAAGAAAAGUUAGUAUUAAUUGAGUAUUUUUUAAGUGUUUCAACUUUAACACAUUCGGAAUCGUCUUCAGGGUGUUUUUCACCAGUCAUGGGUAAAUGGUGACGGUCACCGGUAAUCACACGCAUUGUGGGUUUGCUCCUUUUCGAAGGCCCCUAACUUGCAAGGACAUUUUCACUUCCUAACUUGGUGGUUGGCUUUACUAGCACAUUUCGUAGGUUUUAGCGCGCUUUAGAUGCAUGCUGAUUCUCAUUAUGGAGCGCAGUUUCGAAUGCAGCAGCUGCUCUAAGAGUUUUCAGGGCUCGCAUGAUCUCCGCAGACAUCUGCGCACCCACAGCAACGAACGCCCGUUUGUGUGCGGUGAAUGUAACCAGGCCUUUAGGCAAGCGGGUACGCUCAAGAACCACAUAACGGCCAUUCAUUGCAAGUUAAAGGAGUUGUUCCGGUGCCAGGAAUGCGACCAGACGUUCGCCUUAAAAGAUCGCCUGCGGCUGCAUCAGCGCAAGCAUACAGGGGAGAAGCCGUAUGUCUGUGAGUUUUGCGGCAAACGCUUUGCCAGAGGCGGGCAGCGUCUCCAACACAUGCGAGUGCAUGACCGGAACAAACCGCACGCCUGCGAUAUGUGCUCAGCUCGGUUCACAUGCUCGCAAAACUUGAGCCUGCACAAAAACUCGCACUUUAACCUAAAGCCGUACGUGUGCGACUUGUGCGGCAAGGAGUUCACUAGGCGCGACGCCCUUUUCAAGCACUUGAGAAACUUUCACGAGAACAUCAAGGCGUUCCGCUGUCCCAUUUGCUUGAAGUGCUUCAAGGGUCACCUGAGGCAACAUCUGCAAACGCACAGCAAAAACAAGCCCCACAGAUGCACUCAGUGCGGAAACUCCUUCGCUCAGAGGUCCCAACUGGUCGUGCAUGCGCGAGUCCACUCCGGUGAGCGCCCCUACAGGUGCCAAAUCUGCUGGAAAGGUUUCGCGCACUCAACGGCCCUCAAACUUCACCAACGCGUCCACACUGGAGAAAAGCCCUUCGCCUGCCCGAUCUGCUGCUCUGCAUUUACUCAAAUGCCUCACUUCAAGAAGCAUAUGCUCUCCAUCCACAACUUGCAGAAGCCGUUCGCUUGCAAAUGGUGCCAGGAGCUUCACAGCACCAACAAGAGUCUUCAGGAGCACGUGGAGGCGCUUCAUCAGCCCAUCAAGUGCGAGCAGCGCGACACGCCGAUGAGCUUGAGCAAGAUGAGGCUGCUGUUGGCCAUUCUUCUCACUAAAAUCUCCACGGAGCAGCGCCUGGUCGAACUGGGCUUCAACAAGAGGUUGAUUGACGACGUCUUGGUCACCUCCAUUGUGUACUCCGGUCGUUUGCCCUGUCUCGACAAGAGUCUCAGUAUGGAGAUGAAGUUGCGCAACAACAUACGCAUUCUCCUCGAUUGGACGGUGCCUGUGGAGUACAUGGAGAAGUUCAAAUUGGAGCAAAGAUCCACGGAGGAGCUGCUGGAGGAGUUGGCCUCUUAAAGCAUUUUCACUCUGGACUCUUGGAGCUUGUACCAAAGAUUUUGCAUGGGUAUGCUACAGUGCAAUUUACACAAAUUCCUUCAGGUGAUUCUACAAUACGUUACUCUUACGCUUUUCCUAAUAAGUGCUAAUAUUAGCUGUAUCUACUUACUGUUUUUCGUUAGGUUUGUUAGUCUGGCGAUUCUGAAAUCCUACUAGCCGUAGAGAUUUUUGUAUUAUCUAAUAAAAACCCUUUCGAGGAAA